UAUUUUUUUUCUGAAGUUCUGGAUAAACUUCUUCAUUUAUAUAUAUAUAUAAUAUGCAGUGAACCAGAGAAAUUGGUGUUGAAAGCUUUCUUUGUGACGAUUUCUGGGAUUAUUUUUCCGCUACCAUUGUAAAUAAAUAAAACACCAGUGUUUGCAUCGUUUUAUGGGUUGGGUUUGAUUUGCUUGAUUAAAUGCCUUGGUGGGAUUUGGAAUCUCUCUCUGGUGUUAGGAACUUGAGGAUCAUCUUUCAGGAUGUAUCAAGCAAGACGCUGAAGCCCACUGAAUUGCCUCUAAUAGAACACCAGAACGAAGAGGAUAUGACAAGGGAGGUCCAGCUUGGCUCGCAUACUUUUAAGUCACAUGGAGUUACAGUUGCGAGGACUCACCGGCAUGACUGGCUUAUAUUCCUGCUUCUUGUGUUGAUAGAGAUCAUUCUGAAUAUCAUCCAUCCAUUUUAUCGUUUUGUUGGGAAGGAUAUGAUGACUGAUCUUAAAUACCCCUUAAAAAGUAAUACAAUUCCUGUUUGGGCAGUCCCUCUUUAUGCAGUUGUGUUACCAGUGGCGAUUAUUCUUGUUGUGUAUUUCCGUCGGAGAGAUGUUUAUGAUCUUCAUCAUGCCAUUUUGGGCCUCCUAUAUUCGGUUCUAGUGACAGCUGUAAUUACAGAUGCAAUAAAAGAUGCAGUUGGUCGACCUAGACCAGACUUCUUCUGGCGUUGUUUUCCUGAUGGAAAGGAUUUUUAUGAUGCAUUGGGAAACGUUAUAUGUCAUGGCAGCAAAAGUGUCAUAAAAGAAGGGCACAAGAGUUUCCCGAGUGGUCAUACCUCAUGGUCUUUUGCUGGUCUAGGUUUUCUGUCACUGUACUUAUCUGGGAAGAUACAGGCAUUUGAUCGUAGAGGCCAUGUUGCCAAACUAUGCAUUGUUUUCCUUCCAAUACUUUUUGCAUCUCUUGUUGCCAUUUCUCGAGUGGAUGACUACUGGCAUCACUGGCAGGAUGUCUUUGCUGGUGGUUUACUAGGGCUCAUAGUAGCUACAUUUUGUUAUCUGCAAUUCUUCCCACCGCCAUAUCAUGCUGAAGGUUGGGGGCCUUAUGCAUACUUUCGAGUUUUGGAAGAGUCGCGUGGAGCGAAUACCGCUAACCAGGCAAUUGCACCGGCUAUGGAGCCUCAGUUUGAGAACCAACAAGAAGAAAGCAGCGAUGGGUUUAUGGGGCUACAUUUGGCACCGAAUUCUAAUCCCACAUUAGAAGAUAUAGAAUUGGGAAAGUAAGUUUUGUGGAUUUCUUGCUUGUAGCAUCUUUCAGCAGGCUUAAAGUGAAUCAGGCAUGCAGAAGAACAUUUUCUUUUUGUUUGACAUGGAUUAUGUUCCAAAAUUAUUGUCUUUUAAAAGGCAAGCAAGCAUGGUAUGAUUGGUGUCAGUAGUAGUUUUGCACUAUAUUGAAUUCUCAACACAGCAAACUUGAAGUUUGAUUCAUUAUGUA